AUGAAGAGAACCAUGAAGAAUUUAACCAAGUCUCAUGAAAAGGAUACUCAAGAAAAGGAUCAUAUGGUGAAUAAUGUGAGUGACAACAUUGAUGAUGUUAUUGAUUAUUCUUUCAGUUCUGAUAAGGGUUUUAUCCCCAUGAACAAUAAAGUUCAUAAUGGGUCUAAAUCAGUCAACAAAGGUGUUACUAAAUAUGUUGGUCUAUGUAAAAGCUUUGGAAAGAAGUCAAAUAAAAUAGUUGAUGGAAAUACGAUUCCUACAAAUGGUUCUAUUGGUUCCUUAUACAACGUGUGUUUCCAUUAUGAGAAAAGUGUGUUGAAGAGGAAGUAUUUGUAUCACAAAUGGGUAGCCUUGAAAGGAAGUUGUCAAGAGAAGCUUUGA